CUCUGUGCCAAAUAACUCAACUCAGCACGCAGAUAGGACUGUAAAUGUCUGGAGACACCGCAAGAGACACACAGACUCAGUAACACACACGACUUGAGGAAGACAAGGAACUGGAACAGGACGGGGAACUUUCCUCUCGAAGUUUUAGGAACACAAAAAAAGAGGCUCUCAUUUUUCUGAGGAGCCAAACGCUGCUAACCCACAGCCAUGAGUUCUCAGACAGGCUUUGGCAGCAGCAUGCUGUACGAUCUACAGAGAGAAGCCUCAGUCCACUGGGCUGUCCAGCACCUCCAGCAUCAGUACGAGGGAGUCAAGUGUCAGCAGUAAUGGCAGCUCCAGCUCUUACCCUUUCCCCCAAAGCUCAAUAACUACCCAUCCUUUGGACUCCAUGAUAUCCAGCAGCAAAAAUGUUCCACCCCCUCCUGUCUUCACCAGCCCGCACUCAUCCCCCAAGAUCCAAAGGGGUUCACGCUCAACAGUUCCUCGAUCUGGAUCUGAAAGCUCGUAUGGCCAGCAAAGCCCCAAACAGUCACCCCUUAGCCAACGGCGAACUUCCAGCCCUCAUUACAACAGGAGCCCGCGAGGUUCAAUAACUUACAUAGAUAGAAUCCCUUCUCCGAGUCCCACAGCUGUUUCCUUUGACCCGUCACCUCGGUCUACCUUGCCCCACUCUUCCUCCAACCUGCUGAGCCCUUACGACAGCAACCAGAUGGGCCGCAGGUCACCUCGGCCAGACAGAUCGCCGUCUCCUUUGUCUUUUAAUCAUGCAGUGUCCAACACGCUUCCCCGAAAUUUUGGUGGUUUCAGACAACCCGAUGAGGUUGUGCAACGACAAAAGAGUCCUGGAAAGUGGAAUGAGACAGAUCUGGACGUCUCCUACGAGAGGAAGCCUCACCACAGCUAUGACAAGACUGAAUGGCUGCGGCCGUCUGUGCCAAACAGCAACUGGAGAGAAUCUAACCUUGAUGGCCCUCCUCCGUCCCCAAGCCCCAAAAAGGAUCCUCGCUCUCAAUCUCUCCAGUAUUCCCAUGCUUCACUCCCCCGUAACUCACGUAUAUCAGUUCCUCCAGAUGUUUCAUCCGCUUACCACCCUCAGCCUAUCCUUUCCCGUAUUUCUAUUCCUCCUACAUCCAGUCAGUCCCGUCAACGUAAGCCCAUCCCUCUUUCUGUUAUCAUGCGUCUCCAAAACCCCCACUGGGGCGCGAUGUCAGCACACCACCCCAUAAUGCUGGGGCCAGAAGGUGACAUGGUGCCAUACCCACCUGGUAUGCCCAUCCCCAAGGAGUACUUCCACCAACCUAGAUUCCCGCCUCAGCAACCCCCACCUGAGCUGAGACAGCCAGCAGUAUACCCUGACGUGCUCAACCCAGGGGAUAUUGAGGCAGAGUUAGAACGGCUGGACUUUGUUCAUCACAUGCCUGUGAUUUCGGAGAAUCCCAGCACGCAUGGCAGUGCAGUGGCUGAGCGUGGCAUGCAGCCAGCUCCACGGCCCCUCAGCCCCACCAGGCUGCAGCCAGUGGUGGCACCUGAGGCCCAGAGCCAGGAGAUCCCAAACCUGGAGGAGGUGCUCCGCAUGAGAGCAGAAAUCCCCCGGGCCCUGAAAAGACGGGGCUCUGUGGACCAGUCACGUCCCCUGAAGAAGGCAUCCCAUUACCAGCCUAACCAGUACAAAAAUCUCAUCAACAAGCUUUUUCACAGGAAGGACCACCGCCAGAAGGGGGAGCAAGGUAGCGAUACAAGCAGCUCUUCAGAGGGAGAGGACACCCCUGCACAUCCUCCUUCUGUACUUCCUCAGACAUCCACGAUGGUUCCCCAUGACUACAGGAGCUACCACUCCAUUCUGCGGCGGUCCAAUCGGGAUUUUAAAAGUACUGGGAGGCGAGCUCGGCUCAGCCCACUCGUCCUGCUGCUGGAUGGAGCGUUGGUCGGAGAACUUGAGACGGUGCAGAGGGCCGUUCAGGAGAUGAACGACCCCAGCCAGCCCAAUGAUGAAGGCAUCACCGCCCUUCACAAUGCCAUCUGCGGAGGUCAUUACAAUGUGGUGGAUUUCCUGGUCCGCAUUGGAGCCAAUGUUAGUGCACCAGAUAGCCACGGAUGGACUCCACUUCAUUGUGCAGCCUCUUGUAAUGACCGUGCUUUGUGUGAGUUUCUGGUGAGAAAUGGAGCUGCUGUCAUGGCCGUGACAGAGAGUGACAAUGCCACUGCCUCUCAGAAGUGUGAUCCUUAUGCUGUCGGUUUUGAGGAGUGUGAGAACUUCCUGAGAGGUGUGGAGGAGGCCAUGGGCUUGGAGAACAGCGGGGUGCUGUAUGCGCUGUGGAACUACCCGGCUCAGGCUGCCGAUGAGCUGAGCUUCAAAGAGGGAGACAUGGUCACUAUUCUGCAGAAACCUGAAGGGUCGGACUGGUGGUGGGCGUCGCUCUGUGGCAGGGAGGGAUUUGUUCCAAACAACUACUUUGGGCUUUUUCCAAAGGUUCGACCAAAGUCUCUCUGCUAAGCAGUGUCUUUAAAGUGAGGUCAAACUGAGGACUGUCUCAAAAACGUCUUUCCAGCGACACACUAACGAAAGGAGUUUGUGGGAUUAUGAGAAGACUGUUGCUGCAGGGCAUGAGAAAUGUUUUUGAUCACUUCGUAAAGGACAGUUGAAGGGGAAGUCUGACAAUAAUCUUUUUAGGAGGAUGUUACUUGUAUUGGCUUUGCUCUAAGUGUUUCAUUUUCUAGUGAAGUUGAGCUGUGCUAAAUUAGUCUAUUUAUCAAAGGGUUACAAAAGGGACAUAUUUUCUGUAGUUUUGUUCAGUUCUGUACCAGUCAGAAGUUCAUAUUUCUGACUCACUGGCUGGUUAGUUAUCACAAUGCAAACCGUGGCUGUUGGUGUUCAGUCCACUCGUCAAUAGGUCAACUUAGCCGUAUGUGGUCGACAAACAUGAUCCAUGACUGCUCCAUUUAGAUAAAGGCUGCUUCAACUUCAAUCUGAGUAAAAUCAAGCUGCUGGAAAUCUUUGAAGAGAGUUUUCUGUGCUGCUACAUCAAAGACGCAUCCUCAAACUCUUGAGUAAAAAAAGAAAAAGCGGUCAAGAGUUGAACUUUUGUCUUUUAUAGUAUGUACAUUUUGCUGUUUUCUUGUAAAUAGUUUCUUGGAUUAUUAGUGUUCUUUUUCCUCUUCUAUAGCUGGCCUCCACAGUCUCAAUAGCUGCUGAAACUAUUGUGUGAAUCAACUUCCUGUUGGAUCCUAAUAAUAACCACACCUAUAGCUUUACUAGCCAAAUACUAUUUUUAAGUUUGAAGAGUUUUUUCUACCAAUACGACUGUAGACUUAACAUAGUAUUUUUCAAUCAGCCACAGCAACAAUUCGCCCGUAUUUAGUUGGUUUUCACUUGGCUUUAGUCAUUAUACAUCGUGUAGGUAUUCUGUUAUGCUGCCUGUAUACAUUAACCUUUUAACCUGUUUUCUGUGACAUAGGGCCAGAUGCAAGAACAUGUUCGUAUUUUUCUUCUUAAAUCUGUCGUACUUUUUUCGUGAGGUGGAAUUUACGAGUGUGCCACGUCGGAUUCACCAAAUACUCGUAUCACCAGGAAACAGUCAUAAAUGAUCUUCGUAAACAUGAUGAAUCCCACCUUUUCUAAAUGAACAUGCGUUCCAGAGAAUAGUAAAUUAACAUGAAUGACGUCCCCAAAAUACCAUAUAAGGUCAGACGUGUGGCAGGUUGUGGAGAAGCUCCAUUCAUGAAAAUGACACUAAAGACUAAGAAUAAGAACUUUACGAGCUCUCAGACUAAGGUCCUGCUCUCAGAAAUAGAUCAGCAGAAACACAUAUUAUUAUUUAGUGUUAGUGGUGGAAUGAAAGGUCCAGAGAAAGACAAAGAAUGAGGAAAAAUGACCCGUGCUGUGAACGCUGUCUCACCUGUUGCGCACACCAUCACAGAAAUAAAAACAAAAAUGACUGAACAUGAAUUAUGCCAGGGGAUGUCAUCAGCCAGGGAGUUAAACUAUUACUUCGAUAAGCAAUAUUUCAAUUAAAUGAAUAAAAAUAAUUAAUAAUCAGUUUGCAUUGUGGAAAAGUAACUGUGGACAAGUUGCUUUGUAGUUUCAACCACUAAUAUUUAUAUUGUAAGCUUGCAUUAUAUCAUAGUUUCAAUUGUCAAUUUAAAUGACAGAUCUACCUAAAUCGUUGAACAACCUACUUCUUUAUACUAAAUAGCCUAAUACUUUUGCAAACAGAGUAAUGUCAUCAUAAUUAUGGAUUCAGAAGUGCAAUUUAAUGAACGGGACAUAUUAGAAGAAUGGGACACUUGCCCAUUGCCUACAUCCCCUGUAGUUCACAUCCAUUACUCAGGAGCUUGGCUCCCCCUGGCUCCCCCUUUUUGCGGAGGGGUCUCUAAAAUACUGACAAUAUAAUAUGCUCAGCCUGAAAGAUAUCCGUGUGGAGGUGUUAUGUGUUCAUUUAUUGAUCAUCAUAUCUUGACAUAGAUAACUAUGUCAGCAAAAAGUUCCCCCAAAAAGACAUGAUAUCGACACUGCCAUUAGACAAUUAGACAGUAACAGUCAUGUUUUAUUGCUUUGGAGGACUGCAGGUUGGUUGUGCGUGACAGGUACGACAGGUCUGCACCACUCGUAAAUGUUGUUCGUACCUAAGAGAAAAUCCAAAAUACGAGAAAAUUGGUGAAUGUGGCAAAUCCUCGUAAAUCACCCGUAUGCAUGGUUUAAGAACGAAUCUGUGCGUACGAGUGGUUCUUGCAUCUGGCCCAAUGACGCAGCUAUUUUUGUGGAUGUGCCAGCAUCUUAUGUGAUAGCUCACUACCAUUGGCAUGUGAGAAAGACCGUGUGUGUGUGUGUGUAUAUGUGAAUGGGUGAAUAAAAGACACAAGUGGAUAGCAUUUCUAUAUAAAUGCAGUCCAUUUACUAGAUGCAUUUGUUGUCUGUUUAUUUUAAUGUUUGUUUUUUCAGUGUUGAGUGUAACUCUUUGUUUACUAGGGACUGCUGUACACUUGACCUGUAAACCCCUCCAGAUGGGUCAAAUGGUGACCAAAUGAUUUAAUAUUCAAUAAAUAGAUGAGUCACA